AUGCAUCCAACUUCUGCAACUGCCCUCGCCGCUUCCGGCGCGGAGGAGUUUGGAUCCUGCUUGAGAAACACCAUGCUUUGGAACUGGAACACUAUUGGUGCCUGCUUUAUUUCUGAGGGGUGGUACAUAAGUUCCGCAGCCUUAUUCGCCUUGACCUGCCUCGGCGCCUUGGCUGUGGCCAUGCUAUUUGAAUUCGUUCGCCGUGUCUCUAGAGAAUGGGAGCGCCACAGAUUCGCCAGAGACGUCGGCAAUCCUCGAGAAUUCAAUCCUCAAAUUCCUGGUAUUGAACUCGGCCCCCUUCAACCCGCUGCCGCUCAGCCUGCGGAUGCUCGAUCUGCUCGAUCUGCUCAACCCGCCGAUGCUCAACCCGCCGAUGCUCAACCCGCCGAUGCUCAACCCGCUGAUGCUCAACCUGUGGCCGGUCGGCCUGCUUCCGCUAUUGGCCCCAAUAACCGUGUUCCCCCUUUUUUCCCUAGCCGCGUUGAGCAUGCCUUGAUCCGGUCUUUAUUGCACGUGCUACAGGUGGCCAUUGCCUAUGGUCUCAUACUAAUGGCUGUUUCCUUCAAUGGUUACGUCAUUCUGUGUAUCGCAGUCGGCCAUUACCUUGGUUUCGUUCUCUUUGGGCGGGAUCCCCAGACCGAAACUAACAAACCAAAUGCUUAUCAGCGUGUGUUCCAGCAGCCUGUUGUUUGCUGUGAUGUUUAG